CAGUACAAACCGCUCUGCAAGGUAGCAAACGUUGAAGUGAACUAAACGCACCUCAGGUGUUUUUUUUUUUGUCAGAGGCUACAACAAAAUGUGUGCUUUUGGUGAUACUCGAGGACUGGAGUAGCAGGCUUGAUAGAUGGCAAACUAACUGGGACACCAAUGAUGAGAAAAUGAAGAUGACGAGAAUAAAAGAUGAAUGCAACUAGAAUGCCCCCUAAGAAGAAAGGAGAGUCUGCCCUUAAGCAGGAUACAGCUGGACAAGGAGUAGAGGACUCAGAACACCCUGGGUCUGACAGUGAGGCUCUGCUACAGAGAGAGUACGACAAGCUAACCGACACCUUGAACAACCUCAAGAGGAAAGUGGAAAAGUUACGGCGUGAGAAUGAGUUCCUACAGAAUGAGGCCAACCAGACUCGCAUGGAGAGCCAAGAGUACAUGUCGUACAUGUCCAAGCGGACCCAGAAGCGUCAGAGUGCCAUCGUCACCCUUAGCGACCAAAACCACCAGGCGCAGGAGAACCUGAAGAGACAGAGGGAGGAGAAUCUGGACAAAUACCAGGAACAGGCCAAUGAGCUGAAGAAGGAGAUUCUGGAGAAGGAGAAUGAACUGGCGCUGUUAAAUAUUGAGAUUGCUGAGCUCCGAGAAUUUAAAAGCUUGCAGCAGCAGCAGCUGGGGCGUAUAGCAGAGCUAGAGAGGGAGGUGACCAGUAUGCACUGUCGUCACUCUGAAUCCCUGCAGGCCCUGAAGGCUGGCUUCCUCAGUGAGAAAGAGAGGUACGAAGCACAGGCCAAACAAAAAAUACAGGCCCUGGCCCUCGCCGCUAAUAGGGAGGCAUCUCGCUGCCUACUGUCCCACACUAGAGCUGUGUCCCUGGAAAACCAGCAUCUGAGGGAAGAGCUGCAGCAGCUGAUCCAGAGAGCCCACUCCCUGAGGGGACUUCAGGACCAGCUCCAGGCCCAAAGGCAGCAGCUCCUACUGGAGAGGGAGUACGUCAGGGAGCUGAGGCGCCUCCGAGCCACCCCGGGGCCGACCCCACCAGGGUCCCACACUCGGCCACUGGGGGUGGACAGAGGGAGAGAAGACACAAGACACCACCGCACAGCAGAUACCUGAGAGAAAAUACAUAUGGAAUCAUGUAGUAACCAAAAAAGUGUUCAAUCAAAAUAUGAGAUUCUUCAAAGUAGCCACCCUUUGCCUUGAUGACAGCUUUGCAC